CUGGCUGUCAAUUGGAGUCACACGGCCGUGCUCUAGGCGCCCGUUUUUAGCCGAAAUGCCCGCAGCGCAACGACCAGCUAAGCGGACUCGCCGGCAAGCAGCACAAGAAGCUACCAGUGAAGCAUCAGAUGAUGCGCCACAGUCAAGCGGGAGAGGCGCGGCCUCAGCCGUCGAGAAUGGCACAGUUGACCUGGACGCGCAGCGGAAGGAGAUUAUGUUGCGCAACCAACAGCGGCUACAAGAGCUGGGGCUUACGAACCUGAUGGCAGACAUGCGACAAGACGUGAACAGUGACGCGGCGAAGAAGACAGUCGCAUCGAGCAAGGCGAAACGGUCCGCAGCCAGCGACAAAGAGAACGGAGACGGCGAGCAGCGGGUUGUGCGGAGGUCGCUUCGCAACCGGGGCCAGGAGCCGGAGCUGCCGCCGCUGCUCGAACCGCUCUUUCGCAAACCCGACGCAGCUGGGGAGCAGCCGUAUUCGGAGGAGGAGCGGAAGGCGCGGCCGCCCCGGCCACCCUCGGCCGCCGCCGCAGACGGCGACGCGCAUAAGUAUGAUUCACACAACCUGCACCGGCUGCGCACCAUGUCGGACGACGCGAUGCUGAAGCGCAUCUACAAGAUCACCAACACGCUGAAGCUGCAGUCGCUGGUGCAGCUGCUGCGGGAGUUCGGGCGGGACCAGCUCGCGGACGAGGCGCAGGCGGCGCUGGACGAGCGCCUGGCGUGCGUGUAGGCGCCACAUUGUGCGUGCGGCGGUUGCCAGGAUAUGACAGGAGCGAUGCUGUUGAGUGUGUGGGAGGCCGUGGGGAGCCAUGGCGGAAUAGGCUGAACCUUGUGAUUCACGCACUGAAAGGUUAGGUCCGCCGCGUGGCACGGGGAUGCUUGCGGGGAUGCAUGCUUGUGGACAGGUGACAACAUUUGCGUACCUAUCAUUAAUUAUGACUGCUUGGGGAACUGUUGCGGUCCGUCGUACGUAGAAGUGUGGUGCGGCGGGCGUAAGACAUCCCGGGCAAACAACGCCUGAACUGGCCUGAAUGGGACCUGAUGGGAGAGACAUGGCGUUACCAGUGAGCCUUUGAUUACAUACAAGUACUCCUUCCUAUGUGGUAUUUGCAUAGGCUACGCGAGCAACAUCAUGGCACCAGCAAAGCGGCGUCCUCUCUUUUGCAAAGGGCUUCGUAAGUCGCGCUGAAGUUUCAAAGGGGCCGGAUUCAGAUCCAGGCAAUUGAUGGGAGUCAGCUCUCCACGCGGGGCCCUAUGGUCGUGGCUAGCUAGUUUCCCACUCAAUUAUAUACUGCAAGGGCAUGAUUCAGCCUCUAGCAUUCCGGGAAAUGCUCUUUAAUCGCGACGG